UCUGCAGACAACUGGAACAUAUUGCUUCAUCAUAGCACUGGGACUUGAGCUUGGUGUUCUGCUAAUAUGCUGCUCAGUGGAUCAGAAUAGUCAGAAAAGCAUGCUUGGGCUGUAGACUGCAAAAUGGCCGGAUGCACUUGGACAUCCUGGUAUUUAUGGCAUACUGCAUUAACAUACUGGGACAACUGGCAUACUAAAUAGUCACCCAUGGAUUUGAAUAACGUUGGGGUUGGAUAGCGGAAACACAGCACCACGUGACUCGCUUCCCGCCUGUAUUUGUAAUGAUUUAUUUAGUACCCGGAAACGGCAGCAGAGUGACAACUCUCUCCUCUAAAACUCACAGUUUAGGCUGUAUGAAGAUAAAGUGCAUGCAUUUGAGGAGAAGAAAGAGCCACCUUUACUACGACUGAAUUAGAUGUUGACCUGACUGUAGCUGCUGCUGGAUUACAAGCUCACAGUUCAGUGAUAAAGAAGUUUCUCUUUGGAUGUGAAACACCUCGAGUGGCCCAACAAAGUCUGCAGUCUGUCUCUCGUCGCCAUCUGGACUCACAGGUGUUGGAAUGAACAGGUCCAGGUCCAGCUGGGAUAAAAAAGCCUCCCAGCCUCUAGUCACCAGGAUGACCCGCAGCUCCAGCUCCCAGGUUAGGCACACCGACCCCGCAGAGACCCAGGACUCUGGACCGGGUCCUUAUGGAAAACAACGAAAGAAGCAGACAGAUUCUGCUUUGGCCCAGGACCUCAGUCAGAUGAGUGUCAGUGGACAGGACGCUUUACCUACAAGCAAAGGAAAGAUGUCCAAAGGUAGCAGUGACUCUGUGCAGGCUGGUCAGUCCUCUGGGUCCAGGUCGGGUCAGGCCAGUCCCUCUGUGCCAGCUGCCAAGUCCGCUUCCCGGGGCGGUCUAGUCUCUGUGGCUCGACUGCUGAAGCUUGGCCGCUGUAAGAACGUGGUGGUGGUGGCCGGAGCAGGAAUCAGCACAGCUAGCGGCAUCCCAGACUUCAGAACUCCAGGAACAGGUCUUUACGCCAACUUGGAGAAGUACAACAUCCCCUACCCUGAAGCCAUUUUCAACAUCGACUACUUCUCCAACGACCCGCAGCCUUUCUUUUCUCUGGCCAAGGCUCUGUAUCCUGGCAGCCACCGACCAAACUACAUACACUACUUUAUCCGCAUGCUCCACCACAAAGGCCUGCUGCUCCGAAUGUACACGCAGAACAUCGACGGACUAGAGAAAGUCUGUGGUAUCCCAGAUGACAAACUUGUGGAAGCUCACGGUAGUUUUGCCACAGCUUCCUGUCACCUGUGCUACACCACAUACCCUGCUGAGGAGGCUAAGCAUGCCAUAAUGAAUGGCAACGUCCCCAUAUGCACAUUCUGCGCUGCAACAGUCAAACCCGAUGUUGUGUUUUUCGGAGAGGACCUUCCUCAGACGUAUUUCCUCCACACUAAAGACUUCCCCAAAGCAGACCUGCUUAUCAUUAUGGGCACAUCUUUACAAAUUGAGCCGUUUGCCAGCCUGGUGAACACGGUGCGCUCCACUGUGCCACGUCUCCUCCUGAACCGACACGCUGUGGGUCCCUUUGAGAAGGUCCCACUGCGGAGAGGAGACCACGUGGAGCUGGGAGACCUGGAGGAGACAGUGCGGAGGUUUGCUGAAAUGCUUGGCUGGAGCGAUGAGAUUGAGGAGCUGAUGAGGAGUCAGGAAACACAGAGCAUCCCUACAUUGAUAAACAGCCCUCUGUCAGUGAGUGGGCAGACAUUUUGUCAGAGCAGAGGAGCUCCAGAGCCUCCGGGUCGGAUGGACACUUCCAGAUCCAGACCAGGAGGUCAAAUAGCAGCCAGCAGCGGCAGCGAGGAGACAGACUCAGAGACAGACAGCAAAAGCUCUGCAUCAUCCAGCCCAAGCAACUGAAGCUGCAUGUUUCAUAAAGUAAGGUACUGGAGAGGUUUGGGAUGGUUUCUUCACUCUUUGGUUCCACAAUAAGACUGUUCACGUAUCUACAUGUUACUGUUCAUCUGGUUAGCUUGUGCGUGUGGUUGAAAAUUUUUGUUUGUUUGAGUGAACGUUCAUCUUACCUGUUUGUCAGAGUUUGUCAUGUUCCUGCUGUGUUCCUAUGUAAAUCAAAAUAUCAGUUUAUCAAGCUACCAACAAGCACAUUUAAAGCACUUAUUUUAGAGAGGGUCCAUCCAGAACACUAGUAAAUAAAUAUGAGCCCUGUAACAAAAACCUUAAUGGUUAUUCAGGUUUUAUAUGUCCCAUGUCAGUAAAGUUGUUAAUGUUUUAAAUCAGCACAACACUGUAUUUUAAACAAUAUUUAAUAAAAGUUUUGUGUAAUUUGUCUUUUGUCUUUUUGUAGUAUGGGUCAAAAAAACAACAGCUGUGUAUUCUCCAGUUUAUUAACGUUUCAGUGGAAGCCUCACUACAUAAAAUAAGUGUGGUGCUAUUUACAGUAUGUAAAGAAUGUGCAAAAGAGAACAAAAUUAUUCCCAUAACAUUUUCUUUCCACAUGGCAAUUUGACCAACAUGCAAUUUUCAUUC